GACCCUGACGUCACGAGGUCAUCCACAUUCAAAAUGGCGGAAAAUACCGAAACAGCAACGCAGGACGCCGUCCCCGUCCCCGUCCAACUCGAUGACGAGAAGGCUGCCCAAGAAGGACAGUUUGUUGGGGCAACACUAGAACUAAAUGGAGAAGACCCUGCCCCCAAAGCAAGAGAUCCCGACGCUGAUGUCGACUUCGCUGGACCUGCGCUGUCGCGCAAUCGUCCCGGAAGCACAAUCGGUCGUCAGUCGAUCAGAUCAACAUCCAGUCGCACUUCGUUGAAGCCAGGUGUUGUCAAGUCUGAUGUGUCAGCGAAGACAUUCUUCAGUUAUAAGGGCACCCAUUUUGACUCAGCGAUCCAGGAACAUUGUCGGCAAGCGAUCAAACCCGAGCUGGAUGGAGAACUUCUGGGCUGCUGGCUUCUCACAGAAAUCGAUCACUGGGAUUUGGAACAUGAGAAGAUUCUGAUGCUGACUGACCACUCGCUGAUUGUCUGCAAGUACAACUUCAUCACGCAGAAACUGCUGGAGUUCAAGCGCAUCAUGCUGCACUGUGUGGACACCAUCUGCAUCGGGGACUUCAAGUACCCAGAACAUUCCAUCAUGCCUGACCGACAACAUGGAGGAAUUCAACUGAGAUGGAACCGUGGCCAGGACUUGACGUUUGGCCAGAAGUGGAAUCCAUUUGCUACAGACAUUCCCUGGGUGUCGUUCACCCACCACCCCAUCCUAUACAACCCCAAGGAGAACGAAACAACAACAUACAACUGUGACGACUUCUACGAGAGCCUUGUCCAAGCGGUCAGCAAGGCGUACCAGGUCAAACGUCCAAACGAGAAGAUCACCAUUGUCGAAGGGCCCAUUCUCAUCGAGAGUUACGCAAGUGUGGCGUCCAUGGUCUACAACCAGAGCGGGCUCGGCUUCUUUAGAGAUCGGAAUGGCGUCAGCUUCUGAGAAGACAAUUAUCUGAUUUUUAAACACAAGUAAUAAAAAUGAAUUGGUCUCAACAUAAUUCCAAGAGACUCUGCACUUUCAAGCAUCAACACUCCUGCAUGCAUAUUUAGGAAAAGCUCAUUUUGAAUUACAGAACCCACUGUGAUUAGAUGUGCAUGUAUUUUUAUAUCUUUGAUGUUUGAAUAUGCAUAUAUUGUAAUAUUAUGACAAGUUGCAUCUAAUGGAAAUGUUGAUGUUGUGUUUUAAGAUUUGGUGAUAUAUGUUUACAUUAUUUAAUAUUUAUGUACUCCAUCCCUUAUGAGAGAAUGCAUUUUAAGUUCUGCCAAUGAGAAAACAUGCCUUUAUAUAUAUUUGUUUAAUUUCAUACUUGAUUGGUUUCCAGGGCAAUGACUGAUUGUUAUUCAAAACGUCCUAAAGAUUUCUUUCAAAUUUAACACUAAUCAUGUUAAUAUCCUUUCCCAACACGAAAGUGUUCCAGUAAUGUAUGUCUCAAGCAAACCGAUUGUUAAUCCAUUUGAUUUAUUCUGUAUAUGUGGAUGAUUGAAAGAAUUAAGUCAUCAGAUUUGGGGGACUUGCAGCAGAAUUCUUGCUCUUAAAAUUUUCAAAAAAUUUCAGCACAGGAGCCAAGUGAUAUAAGGUGCUUAGUUUUGUCCUUAUAAGGAUAUACUAGUCAUUGGUUUAAAGCCAAAAUCAUGUUUUUGGAAUCCUUGUUUCGUGAACCCCAUACCCCGGCUCGUUAGUUGCACCAGAGUGGGAAAUGUCUGCAGACUGCUAUUUGCCUUCCUCCCAUGCUUUGACAACAGGAAAUGGGAGCACUGAAACACUGGGGGGGUGGUCGGGUAGCCUACUGGUUAAAGCGUUCGCACGCCACGCCGAAGACCCGGGUUCGAUUCCCGACAUGGGUACAAUGUGUGAAGCCCAUUUCUGGUGUCCCCUGCCGUGAUAUUGCUGGAAUAUUGCUAAAAGCGGCGUAAAACCAAACUCACUCACACACUCACUGAAACACUGGUCCCAGUUGCUUUAACCCUUCACUCACUCAUUAAUCUUGGAGGAAAUCCACAGUUUGACACCAUGCUGAUUUUAAUGGAUAUUGACAAUUUUUUGUCUUGGAGCAAAAACCACGUCAUUUUUUUGCCUUGGUAAAAUCGUAAUUGCAAACAUGAAACAGAAGCUGGAGGAAAUAGAUAUGCAUUUGAAAUUUGAUACCUGUGGGUCUUUCACCCUCUCAGAUCUGCUUUUAUUUUUACAAAUAUUAAUCUUAUAAUAUAAUAUUGUCAUGCACUGUUUGACAGUGACUCUCCAAGUUAUAUUUAUUUCUAAAAUUUCUAAACCACUUUCUUUCACCUAUGAAGAAGCAUCCAACUCGAAUAUCAUUGUCUGAGAAUCAGUCAUGUUUCGCUGAGUUAACACGUGACAUGAACAUGUUAAAGUAGGCUUUGGUCUGGUAUUGAAUGAGUGGAAGAAGCUAGGAGACAUACCACAAGCCCACCAAGAAAGGCUUACUGUCAGAUCUUGAUGGUCUUUGGCUUUCUUUUCAUUAACCGUCUUCUUCAAAACAUAUUGUUCAUGAUGUUUAACACCAUUGAUUCUGCCUUCAAUACAUCGAUGUGACUGGUCACAAGCAAGUCCAAAUCAGUCAACAGUUUGUCAGAAGUGGCACUGUCCGCAAAAGCUUCAUUUAUGUCAAUUGUUGAUCUUGGAAAAACAAUAUGCUACAGUGGAAAUAACUUUGACUGUCCAUAGUGGCAGCUUGAUGUAGAAUGAUGCAAACAACCAACUGUUACACAAAUGACGUCAUCUGGCAUGUCUAAUGACAUCACCUGGCAUGUCUAGUGACGUCAUCUGACAUGUCUAGUGAUGUCGAUCUGGCAUGUCUAAUGACGUCCAUGUGGCAUGUCUAGUGACGUCCAUCUGACAUGUCUAAUGACGUCCAUCUGGCAUGUCUAAUGACGUCAUCUGGCAUGUCAAGUGACGUGAAGUGCUACAGAGACUGUGAUUUCCCACUAAACUUUCGCCAACACGGGAAAUCUGAUAUUUUGGAAGACUUACUUGUGUUCCCCAAACAAAACUUAUGAUCGAGGAAGAUUUUCCAUCAAGUGUAGAACGACUUGGUAAGUCCUGACCAGUUUUAUAGAAGCCAGAGAGCUGUAUUGCUCACUUUCAUUAAUUCAUUCAGUGUGUUUUGUUUGAAGUUAGUUUCAGAUUACGUAGCGGACGUACUUGCUGGAGGAUGGCAUCAUUUGGAAGGCAGGUUCUUGUAGAAGCUAUGUUAUUGAUGUUUGUCUCCAGGGUGUAUUAUUGUCAGUUGUUGUGUGAAUGUUGAAUAUCAUGCAAGAUGCACUGAAGUCUUCAUCACCAAAUCUCUCAUUAUCCAGUGUAUUAGAUCUCCAUUCUAUUAGGAUAAAUACCCUGGGACAUUGAACAUUGACAAAUAACUUUCCAGCCGGGAUUUAAGUCAAAAGGCUCUGAUAUCAAGUUCAGCAUAGAUAUUCAUUGAAACUGUGGCCUUGUUUUUAGGGAGCCCUUGGUAUAUUUAAAAUAUACGGGUGUACAAAGAAUCACAAGACUUUAAUUGAUUUUGUUUGAAAAACAUUUUCUCUUCGUGAGGGUCCUGUUUAUGACAAGUUAGAAACUUGUGUAUCACCGAUUGUUUCAAUCAGGAAAGAAUACAACAUGAUUAGACAUCUGUUUGCAGCAGACAUUUGAGCCAGACUCACAAUGAAGGUGUGUUCGUGAACGGGUCCAGAGUAUUUAUGAUAGAACGGAGAUAUGGUACUGGAUGGUCAGGGAUGUCUUCACACCAGUUAAGUAAAGAUACAAAACCACAUUAUGCAGUCAUUGAAGGAUAAUGUCCCGAGCAGUUCAGGUAAUGCUUUUAGGCCUCAACCUUGUCAUAAUUGUAGAUGGAGAUUUUAUGCACUGCGUACUUAAGGGAUGCAUUUCACAUUGCAGACACCAGGUCUUUGUUAUUGUCAAAUUAUAUGGAAACUAUUUUUUCAAGAUAUCACCAAGUUUGAAUUUCAGUAGAUUUGCUAUCCCUUGAAAUUCUUGAUGCAUGUAUUUUUGCUAUGUCCUCACCUCAUUGCCUUAAGCAGAAUCCAAGUCUAAUCAUAGUGUAGUGCAUGUAAUCGUGGAUAUUGUUGACUAGAAACCCAUUUUAUUCCCCCCAGAUGCAGACAUGAAGUUGGUCUGGUAGGUUGUCCUUUUUGUUAGGGUAUUGACACACAGCAUGAAGUAGCAAAAUAACUCUCUGGUUCUCUGGGAAAUUAAUGAUUACUCUCAGAUGCCAACUUUUAUCUACAAAGCUGAUAUGUAUACAUUUGUCCUUCACUGUUAACUUUGCCAAAACUGACAGUAAUUAGUCAAUUUUGAGGUAUGUGAACAAUUUUUUGUUUAAAAAUAUAUAUUAAUCUGAACAAGAUUGCUCAAGGAAUCCAUGACAGUAUGCCUUGAAGAUGCCACAGGAAGGUGUAUUUGUAUAUCUAUCGGCCGUCUUUCAUUGAUUCGGCAGCUUGUGAUUCCAUUGUGCUAAAUUGGCUGUAGAUGGAUUUUCCGUUUUUACAAUUAUGUUUGUGUAUAUUAUCACUGGUAGUGCUUAUCAUAGUGGUACUAUAAUUAUUGUUAUAAUUUAUUAUAUUUCUAUGUAUAUAUAACAUCAUUUAUUUGGCAUAAUCAAAUUAUCAUGAUGAUUUUGUUAUUAUUAUCAUUUAUCCAAUGGCUGCUAAUGUCAGUGUGGAUUGAUGUGAAUGACUGGAAUUGAUAAGUAGUUUUCUUAAUUUUAAAGGUUUUUUUAUGACAAAUCUGGCCAGUAGCUUUGGUCAGGUUUUUUUUUUUCAAUUAUCCAAAUUGAUUUGUACUGCUCCUUAUUUUGUUGUGAAUAAUCACAUAUUUAUAGAUCAAUUUCAGCUAAAAAUUGUCUGUGGAAAUUCGUUAACUGGGAAUACAUUUUUGUCAUUUGUCAUCUUCACAACCCAAUUCACUCAGAUUUUGUCCUGCAGUUUAAAGACAUUGUAGUUGCAUAAACCUGUCCCUUAGUGGUAUAGAUUUGUCACCAGCAGCUGUGAAGCGGAGUCAUGAAUUAGGUAUUUGCUUUUGAUUGUUCAGUGUUUCCAGAUCAAUUUACAAAUUCUGAAAUGCUACAAGGCUUCAUUUGAUCUGUAUAUUCCUACCACUCAGGUACCAGGUCUUGUCUCCAUGUAAUUAUUCUUGCUGGUUUUGACAAGUAAAUUCUGUGAUAGAGAA